AUGUUGGGGGAAGGGUGCAUAGCCUGCACGAAUCGUUGCAGCAAUGUUGUAAAAGAGGUUGAAGAUCCAGAAUCUCCUGACGUGUCUGAUCCUGAGUCUCAAUCCUCUGACUCAGAGUCUCAGUCCUCUGACUCCUCUGACGACAUUAUCGUUUUGGAUAAACAGCCAUCUGGCUGGGUCGACAAGCUGCUCGACCAGAAGGCACGGGCGAGCCUUGAAGCCGAGUUGAAGGACCUCGAGCGGCAUCUGGCCGAAAUGGAGGACAUGCACCGCAGGGCUGACAAAGCCUGCAUGGAAUUGGAGCAUGAGUUAAAUCAUCUGAAAGGAUGCCUUGUCGACUAG